AUGGAGCAUAGUAGGGACUCUCUAUCUGAUGGGCUUUCAGGAGGUGGUCACAUGACCAGUUUCCUAAAUAAUCAAAAAUGUGAAUGCUGUGGUGCUGCAUUGUGGCUUCCUGAAUAUAAAAAGGACUCGUAUCUGCCAUGCUUGCAAUGGCCCUCUUACACAAGUGCAGUUAAUGCAUAUAUCACGACACGAAUUGAGGGCAUUCUAACCUCAUUUUCAAUUGAUCCACACAAGCUUCUGGAAGGCAUGGAGACCUGUGUGCUGGCAAAUGUCGACAGUUUUGCCCCAAAUGAUCUAGAUAUAUAUGUACCAGAAGCUCAUGCUGAAACCUUGGCCAAGCGCAUUUUAUCCAGGUUUAAAUCUGUUGGCGGUCACUCGCCAAUCUAUGAUUUGAAUCCUGCUAUCACUCACGUUGAAUGGUACACUUCCAAUUUCCAUCCCCUCAUUCAUGUCAACAUUAUCGCCACCAAAUCCACGUCACCCUUGGAGGCCCUAUUCCAUUCCGGUGCAUCCAUUACCAUGAACGCUAUAACUGGGCGAGGAAUUUUCACUGCUUAUGCUGAUCUAACAGCCCGUAAAAUCAGCUUGCUACCUUUCAGUUUAUCCCUGCCCACCGCCAAACUCUUUCGUGCAGUGAGAAACAGAUCAUCUUUGCCCCAGGAUGAGGCACAUACCAUUCUCGCUCACUUUGGAAUUUCAGUACCAGUUACAGCAUUGCCUUGGGAGUUGAUGGAACUUCUCGUUAAAAAGUAUAAAUCGAGAGUUGGGGUUACCUUUAUCCGUGAUCUAGCAGCGAUCAAGGACCAUACCUCUUUCUUGCUCUUUGAGAUAUUGGUCAAAAAUGCAUGA